GUCAUGUACGUGGACAUUUUAUUUCGGGAUUUUCCCACUAAGUUUGCUGCCGUCAAAGGUGUUUUUGCCUUCAGAGAAUCGGGGUACACUGCCGGCUCCCUCCAGGGUCCUGCUGCUCCCCGGUGGGGGCGGCGCGGAUAUAAGGCGGGAGGCGACACACACCCGUCACACCGGCCACCGCUCUCGCCUGUACCUGUGUUUGCUUCAGACAGCUCGACCAAGCAGAGAACAAAGAUGAGAGGAGUGUACAUUGCCGCCGUGGUGAUGCUGGUCGCAGUGCUGGCGGUGACGCAGGCCACAUCAGUGCUGCCGCCGCCGUCAAAGGACUGCAAGUACUGGUGCAAAGACAACAAGAACCAAAACUAUUGCUGCGGCCUUCCUCACGAGGUUUUCCCGCCCUUCACGAGUGAACAUCCAGGACGGUGUCCACCAGUCCGCAGCAGCUGCACUGGAGUCAGGAUUGCCGGCCCAAAGUACUGUCCCCAUGAUGGAGUGUGCGCCUUCACAAGCAAGUGUUGCUUCGACGUCUGCCUGAAGCGUCACGUGUGCAAGACUGCUGAGCAGAAGUACGGGCGCUAAGCUGAUGCGCCUGAGUGCUGCACUGAAGUACCGUGUCAGACAUGUCCACCAGUGUAUAGCCAAAUGCAUCACAUGAAUAAACAUAAUCUGAGAAA